AUGAGCAAAUAUCUAUCAAACUCUGCAUUAGCAAAUACCAGUGUUGCGAGCACGACUGUCUUGACUGCUACAUCUGGACUCUUCACGCUUUUCUUUGGAGCACUCUUGGGACAGGACUCUGUAACUGUUGGAAAAGUGGUUGCUGUCUGUAUCAGUAUGACUGGUGUUGCAAUGACUACGAAUGGAAAAACUUGGGCCGCUGAUGAAAUGCUGAGCGCUUCUGAGAGUAAAAGACAUUCCAUCACCGGGGACAUUUUUGGCCUUCUCUCAGCGGUAUCAUAUGGCUUAUUUACUGUGCUGCUAAAGAAAUCUGCUGGAUCUGAAGGAGACAAGGUUGAUGUGCAAAAAUUCUUCGGAUAUAUUGGAUUGUUUACUCUCCUUGGCCUUUGGUGGCUUGUAUGGCCUCUAAAUGCUCUGGGGAUAGAACCUCAAUUCAUAUUUCCACGUUCGUCAUCCAUCGGAGAAGUCGUGCUGCUAAAUGGCUUCCUUGGGAGUGUUCUAUCAGAUUAUUUUUGGGCCCUUUCUGUGGUUUGGACAACCCCAUUAGUUGCAACACUAGGCAUGUCCUUGACAAUACCUCUUGCUAUGCUAGCCGACAUGAUAGUCCACGGCCGUCACUACUCUGCAAUCUAUAUCAUUGGAUGCAUUCAG